CUCUGAUGCAACUGCGCUUGCGUCCGGUCGCUGUUUCCGCGACAAGCAUGGCUGGGCGGACUACCGAGGGUGCACUACCGAGGGUGCUUACAUACUACUAGUAGAUAGGUAGGUACGUACCUUAUCUGCUCUCCUCUCGCCAUGGACUCAACCUACCUGCCUACCUAUAGGUAGGUAUCAACGGUUUAGGUUGGAUGGAGGGUCUGGAAUGCGUACCGUGGUAAAAACCUAUUCGCCAGCAGCUUCCAGCGCCGGACGCGACAUUCGGGACCUUGAAAAUCCAAGACCUGAUCAAUACCAGCGACUCCCAGUGACUCACUCCCACUAUAGGGACCACUUUCUUAGGUAUCUCCCAUCCGUUGCCGGGCCACGGCUCCCAAGCCGAGGGACAGUACCCUAUGCCUAACACCCCAUCCGGAGCCACGCGCGUUGCACCAGACACCUCCAAACCCCCGGCAAACUCCAGCAUGGCGAUGAAGGGCAUCAGUCUGGGCCUGCACCGCAUAUCCAGGGCCCUCGAAGGCGUUCCGCAGAAGUGGGAUGCCAUCCACGUCGCCGGAACUAACGGCAAGGGCACUACCUGCACAUACCUGGCGGCCCUCUGCAGGUCCUUUGGCAUAUCAAAUGGCCUCUUCACCUCGCCCUACCUAGUCGAGCCGCGUGACGCCAUCAAAAUCAACGGCGUACCCGUCCAGCAAGACAUCUACAGCGACGUUCGACGCAAGAUUCUUGACGACGAGCAGACCCGGCUAGCACAAGAUGCAUCGCAGGAGGCCCUCACCAUCUUCGAGGUAACCACCCUCAUCGCCUUCGGCGUCUUUAGCCGCGCCGAUGUGCAGAUGGGCCUCGUCGAAGUUGGCCUUGGCGGGCGACUUGACUCGACGAACGCCCUCAGACGGAAAAGAGUCACCGUCAUCACCAAGAUCGGCCUCGACCACCAGGCAUUCCUUGGCAACACACUGCCCGAAAUCGCCAAGGAGAAGGCCGGCAUCAUGAUGGCUGGUGUGCCGUGCGUUGUCGACGGCAGCAACCCGCCCGAGGUCCUCGAGGUCUUCCGGCAACAUGCCGCAAGCGUCUCGGCGCCGCUGCACCUCACUACAAAUCAGAGUGGUCUCCUGGAGACUCUGUACCAGUCUGAGUUGAUGCCGCACCAGGCCCAGAAUAUGGCAUGUGCCAUCACGGCCUUCCAAAUUGCUUACCCAGAUCUGAACCUCUCCGUGGAGAAGGCUCUGCCGAUCUUGAAGGACGUCACACAUCUGGGCAGACUCUCCUGGUUAGAGGUUGGCGAGAAGUACCCGUCACGAAAAGGGAAGCCCAUUCUCAUUGACGGUGCUCACAACCCACAGUCGGCAGAGACACUCUCCACCUUCGUCGAGCGACGUGUCCGGGAUGCAGACAAGCCCGUCACCUGGGUCAUGUCGGUCUCCAAGCAGGACGGAAAGGACGCUGGAGGUAUGCUUCGCACUCUGCUAAGACCCGGCGAUAGUAUCACUUGCGUGCCCUUCUCCAAGCGAGAGACUAUGCCCUGGGUUGAACCCUUGCCGCUCAACACAUUGAGGGAGAUGGCGUCCAUUGCAGGCGCGAAGGAGAUAUACUUGGGCGAAGGGGGUCUCGAGGCGGCCACGCAAUGGGCUGUCGACAUCGCCGGAGACGGGCCCAUUGUCUUGACUGGCAGUCUUUAUCUCGUUGGAGACGCCUACAGGAUUUUAUCAUGAGAAAUCUCCAAACCAACGAUUAUUCAUGCAGAGCUCAGCGCUCCAUCGUUCUGUGAGAGUUGUGAUCUUCCAAAUUGUUGCGACCAUACCAUAUCAGUAGUUUCAAGCAUGAUACAUGUAGG